AUGCCGUCGCCACCACCAUCCGAAUCACCCCCUACUCCUGCACCUUCUCAAACCUCAUUUCCGAAUAACAACAACAACAACAACAACAACAACGGCAAUAGCAGUUAUAACAACGGCAGUAGCCAUAAUAAUAACAAUAAUAACAACAAUGUCUCGUCUUCGUCUACUUCAUCAUCGCGACACCGUAAAACGGAUUCCAUCUCUAGUACAUUCUCAGGUUUCGGUAAAGCGCGGGACCGAAACACGCUCAAGGGCGUGUUCGACAAAUUUGUUGCCAACCAUCCUAGCACGAAUCAUAGUAGUAGCACUAGUGGGGCAAUGGAUAUUUCGACGCCGUACAAUACCGUGCAUGUGACCCAUGUGGGUUUUGACCCAAUCACUGGCACGUUCACGGGGCUUCCGAGGGAAUGGCAGGUCUUGUUGAACCAGAGCGGUAUUUCGAAAACCGAACAGGAACGCAAUCCUCAGGCUGUGAUUGAUGCCAUCGAGUUUUAUCAACAAAAGGAUCAGGAUGCAGCUGUUUGGAGCAAGAUCCCAAAGACCACAACCUCUUCCAUAUCUUCUUCGUCCUGUUCGUCCCUGCCUCGAUCUUCGGGAUCGACUACGGAAGGCAUUCCUUCAAGGACAAAGGCAGCUGCAACAACAGCAACAGCAUCAACGUCCUCUUCAUCACGCGACCCCGAAAAGAUGCCUACAAACACCGUGGCAAAACGACGACAAUCGAAACAUCAAAAAAACGCGCUCAAAGAUGCAGAGAUUCUCAACAAACUUCGAGAUAUAUGCACAAACGUCGAUCCCACUCAAGUCUAUACCGAUAUUACAAAGAUCGGCCAGGGUGCAUCCGGAGGUGUGUUUACAGCGCGCAAAUCCGGUAGCAAAAUGCCUGUUGCGAUCAAACAAAUGAAUUUGGAACAACAACCGAAAAAGGAGCUGAUCAUCAACGAAAUUGUUGUGAUGCGACAAUCGCAGCACCGAAAUAUCGUCAACUUUAUCGAUUCGUACCUGUGGAAAGGCGAUCUUUGGGUGAUCAUGGAGUAUAUGGACGGUGGUAGCUUGACCGACGUGGUGACGUGCAACAUGAUGACCGAGGGGCAAAUUGCGGCGGUCUCACAAGAAGUCUUGCAUGGCUUGCAUCAUUUACAUACCAACGGCGUGAUCCAUCGAGAUAUCAAAAGCGACAACGUACUGCUAAGUCUUCAAGGUGAUAUCAAACUCACCGAUUUCGGAUUUUGCGCACAAUUGAAUGAAGACCAAGCCAAACGGACAACGAUGGUUGGAACACCCUACUGGAUGGCACCCGAAGUCGUAACACGAAAAGAAUACGGAUCCAAAGUGGAUAUAUGGUCAUUGGGCGUGAUGGCCAUCGAAAUGAUUGAAGGCGAACCGCCUUAUCUCAACGAAAACCCAUUACGCGCUUUAUAUCUCAUUGCUACCAACGGUACACCUAAAUUACAAAACCCAGAAUCGCUCAGCAACGUGUUCCAGGACUUUCUAGCCUCGUGUCUUCAAGUGGAUCCUGACCUUCGGCCGACGGCACAAGCAGCAAUAAAACAUCCGUUUUUGCGCAAAGCCGACCCGCUUCAUUCACUCGCGCCAUUAAUCGCGGCAGCGCGUGAAAGUAUCGAUGCCCCAUCCCCGUCAAGUCCACAGCAACAACAACAGGAACAACAACAAAAAUAA